AUGUCUGUUGUUGAGUAUGAAGCUAAGUUCACUGAAUUAGCUCAAUUUGCUUCUCACAUAGUAGACAUAAAUUAUAAUAAAGCCUGGAAAUUUGAAAGAGGCCUCAACCUAGAUGUGUUUGAUCAAGUCAGCGUGUUAAAAUUGCCCAUGUAUGUAGAUGUGCUUGACCGAACCUUAAUGAUAGAAGCCAACUUAGAAGCAAUGAAACAGACUAAAGCUCCAACAAAUGAGUGGAGAUGCAAAAGAUCUGGAUUCAAUUUCAAAAAGGGUUGCUCAUUUUCCAUGAAGAAGAAGCAAAAUACAAGAUCUACUAGCAGUUCAAGUCAAAGUAGUGGAUCUUCACCUGUUUGCUCUGAAUGUGGGAGAAUACAUAAAGGUGCCUGUUACCGUGCAACUGAUGCUUGUUUCCGGUGUGACAAAGUUGGCCAUAUGGUGAAAGACUGUGAAUUCAUAUAUGAAAAUACUAACUGUCCCACGGCAAGUUUAGCUGGAUCUACUUCUGCACUGAGAUCAAAUAUGAGAACCAAUACUGGGAAAGAAACUCUAAAGCAAGGUAAAGUUUUUGCACUUGUGCCUGGCGACGUGCAAAUAGCUAACUCUGUGGUGUCAGGUAUGGACUGGUUGACUGAGUAUUAUACCACUAUUAAUUGUGUGAAUAAAAUUGUUGUGUUUCGACCACCCGGUUUGCCUGAAUUUGUGAUUUGUGGGAAUUGUUUUGUUCCUCCACCGUACUUGAUUUCUUCCAUGAAAGCCAAAAAUCUAUUGAGAAAGGGUUGCCGGGGCUAUUUGUGUUGUGUUUUGAAUGUGACUAUUGAUAGUGCUAAUGUCGACAAGAUCCCUAUAGUUAAUGAGUUUCCUGUUGUGUUUCCUAAUGAAUUACCCGAAGAUUUGAAAGAUAGGCAAAUUGAAUUUGCUAUUGAGACAUGGUUUGGAGUUAAAGGAAAAUUGGCACCACGUUACAUUGGCCCAUAUGAGAUUAUUGAGAAAAUCAAUCCAGUGACGUAUCAAGUGGCCCUACCUCCAGUUAUGGAAAAUAUGCACAAUGUUUUCCACAUUUCUAUGCUCCUAGACUAUUUGCGAGAUCCACUUCAUGUCAUUGAACUGACCCAUGUACUUCUGAAAGAUGAUUUUACUUAUGAAGAACGACCAAUACAGAUUGUUAAUCGCUGA